CUGUUACAGGAAGUGAAUUUCAGACAUGGGUGUCUUGCUUUUUUUUUUUUUUUUUCUCUCUAAAUCAGCUUUGCUGCAGUGACUAGGGAUAGCCAAGAUUUAGGUUAAUGGUUAACAGAGCAGCUAUAACCACACAGAAACUCUGACUUCCUCCUGACGGGGCCAGGACCAAAAGCUGCCUUUGCUUGCAGAGGAAGAGGCAAGUACUAAAAGGAGAGCAGUUCACACUUCAAAGGACUGGGGAGCAGCAACCUCACUCAGUAGAGAAAGGAGAAGGAAAAUCUAGAAGGAGCAAGAGGUGUUUUCCCUAAAGAUUGGUAAGAGCUGCAACACCUUCCUGCUUGGCUUAUUGACUCAGUGGCUGUUGCUAACGAAACGCACAGGUGUGGCUAGUUGAGACAGGUUCAUUGUACCUGAUUGCUCUGACCUGUGCAUUUCAGUGAGAGGGGCAAAGUAAGAAAGGAUUUAUUUGCUGUGAAUUCAAACGUCAGAAAGGGCAGGAAGGUUCUUCCUUCUUCCUCCCAGGGGUUGUUCAUGGCAGGACAGACAUCCCUUUCAGACUGUUCUCAUCUCAUUGACCACAGCCACAUCCCUGAGUUUGAGGUGUCUCUUUGGAUCAAGAUCACUUUGGCUUCAGUGUAUGUCUGCAUCUUUGUUGCGGGCAUCUUGGGCAAUGGUAUCACCAUUAAGGCCACCAGGAUCCUACAGAAGAAAGGCUACCUGCAGAAGGAGGUCACAGACCACAUGGUGAGCCUGGCCUGCUCUGACCUGCUGGUCAUCCUGCUGGGCAUGCCCGUGGAGUUCUUCAGUGCUAUCUGGAGCCCAUUUUCCAGCCCUGAUGGCAAUAUUGCUUGCAAGCUCUACUACUUCCUCUUCGAAGCCUGCAGUUAUGCAACUGUGCUACAUGUUGCCACCCUCAGCUUUGAGAGGUAUGUGGCUAUCUGCCACCCCUUCAAGUUCAAGGCUGUCUCUGGACCCCGCACGGUGAAGCUGCUGAUUGCCUUUGUCUGGGGGACAUCUGUCAUAGUGGCUCUUCCCCUGCUCUUUGCUAUGGGCACAGAAUAUCCCCUGGAAACCAUCGAGGGCUACCAAGGUACGACUGCCUGCACAAAGCCUACACCUAGGCACCACCUCCCUGAGCUGAAGCACAACAUGACCAUCUGUACCAGCCUCUCCUCCAAGUGGCCUGUGUUUCAGGCCAGCAUCUUCAGUGCCUUUGCUGUGUACAUCAUAGUGCUGGGAUCUGUUGCCUACAUGUGCCGCAGCAUGAUGAAAACCCUGAUGAUCAACAAGGAAGGAACUGUGGCAGUGAAGGGUGGACCAAGACACCAGAAGCAGUACCUAAGAAAAAGUGAGAGCUCAGAGGGCAAGAGUUCCAGGAGACAGAUCAUCUUGUUCCUGGGACUGAUUGUUGCAACUCUGGCAAUAUGCUGGAUGCCAAAUCAGGUUAGAAGGCUCAUGGCUGCUGCUAAACCAAAGCAGGACUGGACUGUCCCCUACUUCAGAGCAUACAUCAUCCUUCUUCCCAUCGCCGACAUCUUCUUCUACAUCAGCUCAGUGGUGAACCCCCUCCUGUACAACAUCUCUUCUCAGCAGUUCCGCAGCGUGUUUCUGCAGGUCCUCCGCUGUCGCCUGACGAUAGAGCACGCCAGCAAGGAGAGGUUUCUCAGAGCCAACCUCAGCUCUACAGUGAGGAGCAGCCGGUCUCUGCGCCCACUGCUCUUCCUUUCAUCCAGGCGCAAUUCUUCUACAAGGGGCAACAACAAAGUUUUCUUAAGUACUUUUCAGAGCGAGACCAAGGCUGACUGCAGUCCACAGAAACCAGGUCUUGACCCACUGGAGCCAGGCUCGGAAGUAGUGCCACUAGAGCCCAACUCGGAGCCCAGUCCAGAUGCACAAAAUGGCCUUUGUGAACAGCGAGUGUGAC